GUCACACCCGGAAGCAGGAAGUGCAGCACCUGUUGCUUAUUGUAUCGCGAACCACCGAAAAAAGUAAAAAGUUUGACGUCGAAUCUUUAAUGUCCUUUUUUUUUGUUUGUUUGUUUCGGCAGUUGACACUUUUAGCGAAGCAACAACUCGUUAUUGACGAAAUUCAAUGGCGGAGACUCCGCAGGUGAGAGAGACGAGCGGAGGUGACCGGCCAGAGGAGGCCGGGCAGCAGGCAGCUCAAGGCGGAAAAAGUGGCUCGGAGGUCGGGCACAAGUCGGAAGAACCACCGCUGACUCUUCCGCUGGAUCAUUUCAAAAACAGCAAGUUCUUCGUGCUGCGGCCUGGCACGCUGCACGAAGCCAUCAAAGAGGUGAAGUCUCUGGUGGAUACGCAAGUCGACGGCAACGUUCUCAGCAUUUGGCUGCUGGCAGAGGUGGAUCACUGGAAUAACGAGAGAGAACGUCUCGCGAUCAUCACCGACAACUUCCUGCUGCUCUUCAAGUACGACUUCGUCAUGUUCAGAUGUGAGCAGAUCCAAAAGAUCCCACUCAACUUUGUGGACCGCCUCUGCUACGGCACCUUCACCUUCCCGAUGACAUACCUGCUUCAGCGUGACGGCGAAGGCUUGCGUGUCUUCUGGGACCGACUGAGGGAGCCGUCCUUCACCUCCUGGUGGAACCCCUUCGCCACCGACCUGCCCUACGUCACCUUCACCUCCCACCCUGUGAGGCACCUCAGCGAGGCCUUCUCUUCCAUCUGCAAUAUUCAGAACUUCCGCGAGGAGCUCAAAGGAGCGGCGCAGAAAGCCCACAAGGAGAAGCCGGUCCCCGGGAAGGCCAACGGCGUUCUGGUCCUGAAGCAGUCCAUCCACAUCCAAGCUUACGUGGGCCUCAUGUCUUUCUUAGGGAACACCAACAAGCUGGGUUACUGCUUUGCUCGAGGAAACCUUGGCUUUUAGGGACUCUUUCACAUGCUUGGUGCUGUGAACUCACUAACCCAACUUGGAUCUCAACCCAAUCAAGCUCUCGAUUAACCCUUGGCUAUUUUCCCAGCAAGCCUCUAAAUAAUGUGCCGUAUUCUCUUCAGCGUGACACUUGACUCAUCUUCCUGCUUCUAUGAUAAUCCCUCGCUCUCACAACACCACGCUUGCCUUCCUCCCUCGGUGUUUCCGUUCAAAGAUCCUCGGCGCCCCACGCAGCCUCUAAGAGAUGCACGUUUGUAUACUUUGUUGUGUUUAUUUUUACACAACUCAUGCAUUGGUGACAGCGCUAUUUGUGGCUUCAGGUUGGCUCCUGUCUGCUUUUUUUGCGUUUAUUAAAUGAUCGUUCACGUGUUGCAA